AUGUCUUUAAGUUUAACCCUAGUAUUUAUUAUUACUACUACUACAGUCACAUUAUUGCAACCAUGUUUAAGUAAUAUGAAAGUUGGUGGAAUCUAUCAUAUUCAUCGAGAUAAACAACAUAUUUUAAAUGAUUCUGUUGUUACGCAAUCAGUGGUAUUAGCUAAUCAAAUGUUGAAUUCUGCCCAAUGGUAUGUGAAAACUAAUUUAACCAAUUUAACUACACAAAUUGUCAGUGGUUUAUUGUAUCGAUAUAAUUUACAUUUGACAAUGACUAAUUGUACUAAAAAUGCAUUAAUGCAAAAUGUGAAAAAAAAUCAAAAUCCAAAUCCGAUGAUGAUAUGUGAAGAAAAUUGUGAUACUGCUAAACAAUUAUGUAAAGUUCAAGUUUCGAAAACCGCACAACAAACAAAGCUUCGUAAUGCAGCAAAACGUUCUCUCUCUUAUAACAUUCUCCUGUCACAAAUCGCCCUCUUGGAUCCUACUCGUUCUGAUAUUAUCAUUUCCGGUAUUUUGGAUUCUGCAAGUAAUAUCAUUGAUCAAAUAAAUGAAUUGUUACAACAGCCGUUGGAUCGUUUCGCUGCAGUUUCUGCAUUUCUUCGACAGCCACGUGCUCGAAAUAAUUCACCCGAUGUUGCAAAAUCUCAGGGUCAACAGCUAGCAGCUGAACGAUUGUGUACUUUCUUAGCUCCUGCUUUAAUUGGCCUUUUAAGAGGAGCUGCUCGUGGUGUUGGACAUGUGAAUUUCUCUUCGGAUUCUCGCCAACAAAAUUCGUUUUCUGUGAUAUCUGAACUGUACCAGCCUAGGCAACCUGCUAACUAUACAGAAAAAAUUAAAUCUCCAACUUAUAGCAUUAGUUGUCCUCAUAAAUUAACAGAAGGCACAUGUGAAUUCACUUUUAGUGUUUAUCCUUCUUUUUGUUGCAUAAUACCUCAUUCUCUUUGUCACUCAUUGCUAAUGGGUGUUGGUGAUAGGAGUUUGGAUACAACGGAUUCAGAUACGGAAGUAUAUGAUUUAUCAACUAAUCCCAAUUGGAAUUGUUCAUGGUUUAAUCCAAAUGGUAGUGAAUAUUUACUUGGUCAAGUUGCAUCUGUCUAUGCAUCGCAUUUACCACAUCGUGCUGUGAUAAGUGAAGAUCAUGUGUCUAGUUAUGAUGAUGGUGUUGUUGUGACAUGUUCGGAAUAUUUAACUUCAUCAAAUCGUUCUAAUAAUUUAGCUGUUACUAUAUUUACAUCUAGUCAAUUAAGAGCUCUAUUAAAAAUGGCUUAUCAAUUAAUGAAUGAACGAUUCGCUAAACGUUUAGACUUGUUAGCAUUGAAUUUUUGGCCUUAUCGACCUAAAACUGGACGUUAUCCUUAUCGAUCAUUUGUGCAUUGUUUAAGAUUAUGUUGUUUAUUGUUAAUACGUGAUAUAUUUUAUAAUCCUAAACAAGAAAUCAGUGAUCGAUUAUCAUCUACUGUACAUAAUUUUAUGCUUGAAGUUUAUGCAAUCUGUUUAACUGAUGUCGCUUAUUUAUCUGCUGAAGCAGCUGGUUUCCAUUCCAUUACAUCAUCUGACAUUGAUAGUAGGCCAACAUUUUCAUCUGAGGUAACUGCUCCAUCAUCAUCAAUGAUGAUGAAUAAUACUCGACCACGUUUUUCUAAUCCUGACGAUGAUGAUGAUGAUGGUGAAGGUGAUGGUGAUGCUGAUAACUGUGACAACAUUGACGGCGGCGCUGAUGAUAAUGUCGACAAGUUGGAUUCCAUAGACGAGAAGAAGAGAAAGCAGAAAGUGUUCGACUCAAGGAAUCAUGUAAAAUCAUCAUUUCCUGAAAAUGGUCCACAUAAAGAAAUGUUAUCCAAUAAACAGCUAUUGUAUAAUGGUUAUUCUAACGACCAUAAACAAUCCGUUGAUGAAAAGGAAGACAAUGUAAUUAUCAUGAAAUCAAAAUCUACUCGAUCUGUAACAUCAACCAAUAUUCCUCCAUCUACAGAAUCAAAAGUUAUUUAUGAAAAAUCACGUAUGAUGAUUAAUACAAAUAUUGUCAAUGGCAAUCGUGAUCAUGUACCAUCUCAACCUUCAUCAGUAUCAGCUCCAUCUGUGAAAGCAAAGAAAAGUGUAUCAUCACGAAGUACCAAUUUGAAUAGUACUAAUUUAACAACACCAACAGCGACAACAGUGACAACUACAUCAUCGGACAGUCGAACAGACAGUACAACAAAUGCAUUGUUUGCAUUCGAUUUAGUCACUGCAUCAACAUCUGUUUGUAUACAAAUUUUGACUAAAUCAAUUAAAGAUAUGGCAGAUUCUGAAAGUUUUCUAAUUCGUUUAUUAGAUCGUAUUACAAAAGGUAUUGAUUUAAAAUUCAUUAUCCAAUCUGAUCGUGUACUGGACUCAACAUUUGUUCCAACACAAAAAUAUCCCAAUUCUUCUUCUACUACUACCGCCGGUACAACUACUACUAAUCUCCCUUGGGCUGUACAAAAUUUACGUGGACAUUUUACUAUGCCACAACGUCGUUCGUCGACAGCUUAUAAUUUUUCUUCUAAUAUUAAACCAAUCAUGAAUUAUGAUUUAGCCAUGUUGUCAACAUCGAAUCCUGCUACUUCUGCUACUGGUGCUACUGCCACUGCUUCGAAUAUGAUGACUAGUCUGCUGUUGAAUAAAUCAAAGCAUAAACCACGUUUUGCACAUUUAGUAUGUAGUGUCGGUCUAUUGGUUGUUGUAUUAGAUAGUGUUGGUCAAUUGACGCUGCGUUUUCCUCAUUUAGGCAAAGCUAGUUUAGAUGCUUUAAUUGAUUUCCUGUUAGAUCCUAGUCCAGUGUUAAGUCGAUUGAAUCGACAAAUUGAUCGAUUGCGUCAUUCCAAAUCUGGUAUUUUAAUGAUGAUUGAAACAAUGAAAAAAGCUAAUUCAAACUGUUCAAUUGUCCAUUAUGAAACACAUUUAUUGGAAUUGUCGAAAAUUGAACGACAUUUAACAUAUUACAAUCGUAUAUUGGAACAUGUUCGUGGUGCUGCAAUUGAAAGUCUUUGUCGUAUCCUACUAUUGACGCCUAGUUUUAUUGAAACAUUCUUAGCGGAUUUAUCCUGUCGAAUAUUUAAUGCUGUGGAAAGUGAUCGAGAUGUUAAUCUUAUGUAUUUAAAUGCUGUCUAUUGUCUUGGUCAUUUGGGUGUGAUCUUGUCGAAAAUGCCACAUGUACAACAGCUAAUUAUACAAUUUUUACAACAAAAUUUAAAUCCAACUAAACUUUUACCAGAAUUACAAAUUAAAUCAAUGGAACAAUUAGGUUGUAUUAUAAUUGGUGGAUCUUCAAUGAUUUAUGAUCAAAUUAUGGAUAUAUUAACUGCAAUACGUGUACGUAGUACUCGUGAAAUGACAUUAAAUCCUAAAAUGAAAAAUUCUCGAUUAAAACAUUUAUCUGAAGCUAUGAUCAAUGUAUUUGCGAAUUUAUCAACUUUUGUACAAGGUCAAUCGAAAUUAUACAAAUUAUUACAUCGUCUCCUGGAACAUUAUGUACAUGUUGAUAUGGAAUUAGAUCAAGAUUCGAAAACUACUAGUAGUACACUUACAACAGCUGCACAUGGUCUUGGCCAAUUGAUUCCUGUUAUAGCAAUUUUAUUAAGACGUUUACCACCAAUAAAAAAUCCAAAUCAACGUUUACAAAAAUUAUUUCGUGAAUUUUGGUUAUCUGUCACUGUGAUGGGUUUUGCUGAUCCUAAUUCAACAAUAUGGCCAGUGGAAUAUUAUCGUGGUCUUUGUGAAAUUGCUAUUAAAUCACCAGUACUGUUGUUAAAUGAUUCAUUACGUGCUGAAUUACAACAAAGUUCUGCAUUAAGUGCUCGAAAUUUAUCACAAAUUGAUGUCACUGAACUACGCAAUCGAUUAUGUGUUCUGUUGGAUAAUAAUGCAGAAACCACUUCAUUAAUUAAUCGAAUGAGUGUUACACAAUGUAUUUAUUUAAUGGCUGUCUAUAGAUUAGAAUCAUUAUGUAUCGGACAUUCAACGGAUCCGGAAGCAUUACAUCGUUUAUUUAUGUAUUUAGAAGAUAAUAUCAUAAUUAAAGAUAAAUUUGGCAUGUGGACGUGUAUUUCACAAGUGUCUGUACGUAUAUUUACACGUUAUCUUACACAAAUGAAAACUAAGCCCCUAGAUACUGUACGUGAAUCAAUUAUGGAUAUGCAUGCACAAUUCCUGCUGGUCAUAUUUACACGGAUACAUAAAAGUCUACGUAUUGUCGCUGAUGAAUUUCUUAGUAUGUUAGCUAAAGAUUUUCCUCAUGUUAUGUGGAGUGGACGUGUUCUAUUCACCAUGUUAGAUGUGGCACAGCUAUUGUCACAAUCAUUAGAAGUGGAUCCUAAUCUCUCGGCACCAGUUUAUCAUGUGCCAGAAACUAGUUUCCGUUUAUUUAUAUCUGAUAGUUUAUUAGCACGUGAAAAAAUGUUAACUGAUUUUGUGAAACGUUGUAAAGGCAUCAUUGAAGUUGGUUUACAAUGGGCGCCGAAUUUAGUUCGUUCACAUUUAAUUAAUUAUAUGCUGGAAAUACAACAUCCAGCAAGUGAUUUACCUCAACAUACUGGAUUAGCAUUAGCUACGGAGUCAGUGCUGAAUUAUGCUGGUUAUAAUCGAUCGGCAUCAUUUUUAGGCACAAAUGCAUUAGACAAACGACCAACUUGUGCAAAAUUGGAUUCAUCUAAUUUUAUGUAUAAUUUAAUAUUACGCAAUCGUUAUUUGGGUGAAGCAUCUGGAAUGUUGCGAUAUUCUGACGAUCCAAUGAAAUUGGUGAAUAAAAUGAGUAAAGAUUUAGAUAUUGCAUGUUAUAAUGCUUCACGUCUAUCAAAAAUGUUAGAUAAUCUACUAGAAUCUCAACCAAAGCCACAACAACAACAGCAAUUGUUAAAACCUACUACAUUGAACAGUACUAACACUAACACUAAUUCAAGUAAUCAUCCUUCCAACAACAUCAAUACAACCACUACCACAACCACUACAACAAUCAAUGAACAAAUUAAACGUUUACAAAAUGAAAAAUCCAUUGCAUUCGAUAUUGUACAAGCAUGUUUAUUUCGUAUGACCGCGUUAUUGGUGAUGCACAAGUCACAGAAUCAUAAUCCACGAAGGAAUAAAACACAUUUCAUUAGUUUCGAUGGUGAUGAUGAUGAUGCUGAUGAUCGUGACGAUGACGAUGGCCUUGACGAAGAUGGUGGAUAUGACGACGAGGAUAGCGAUGGUGAUGAGUCUCAGGAAGGAGAUGCCGAAGAGGUCGACAAUGACGAUGCCGAGGAUGAUGGUGACUGCAGUGAUGAUGAUGCUGACGAUGACGAUGGUGGGAUUGACGCUGACGGUGAUGAUGCUGGUGGGCAUGAUGAUGGUGAUGAUGAUAAUCCGUUGGAUGGUGGUGAAGUAAAUGAAGAUGCGGCGACCAAGUCAUCUGUACCACAGAAACGUCAUCAACAACAUCAUCGAUAUCAUCAUAAAAUACGUCGUCAUCUACAAUAUGGUGGAUCAGUGAUGAAACGAUUGUUGUUGAAUAAACCGAAACGAUCCAUUUAUCAAGUUAGUAAUCCUACUGUCACCUCUUAUCCUACAACCAAUAGUGGUAAACCAAUGAACAGUGCAAAAAAUACUACUAUUACCGCUAUUAGUAGUAGUUGUGCUGGUGGUUUUAACUCAUCCUCAAAGAAAUUGUAUGUUAUGAAAGGUGAUGCAGCAAGACGUUUGCUACAAGAAAUAUGUCAUUCUCCAUUGAAAUUAUUUACUACAGAAAUGUUAGAAAAUGCAUUAGCUUGUUGGCAAUGGUUAGUUGUUGGUAGACCGGAGUUAACUAUUCAGCUUUUAAAUGAAUUAAGUGAUGCAUGGCAAAUUACCAUACAUCGACGUCUUGGUGUAUUCUCUGUGCAUAAUGCCGAUGAUGGUGAAGUUCUACCAUUGAUUGUAUCUGAUCAAUUGAAGUAUAGUCCAUCAAAAUGUAACACUGGUCCACAUCAAUUAUGGUCACAGUUCUUCAGUGAACGUUUAUAUGUUGCCCAAUCAUCAAGUCAAGAACAAUUGGAUAUAUUUUUCGAUUUAUUACAAAAAACAUUGGCAGGUGAAAUUGCUUCAUUGAAUAAAAGUAUUCAAUUGGUAUCGAUCAAUAAUAAUUCAUUGGAGUACAGUAAAAAUUCACAUCGUUGCCGUUUAAAACAACAUCCAUCUUGUAUUAUUCAAGGUCGUUUAACGAAUAAUGUUGCUGCAUUAGGUGUACGUUGUCGUCUUGUCGAAAUGUGCCUUAGUUUGUUACAAAAUACUGGAUUUAAAAUAAAUUGCACGAAAAGUCAAGGUAUAUCAAUGGAUGAAUUGUCUUAUACAGGCGCAGCAUCAGCGUCCUCUACAACAGGAAUUACUGGGACAGGUGGUGGUGGAGUUGGUAGUAGUGGUGCAAGUGUUGUUAGUGCUGGAGGACGUACUGCAGGAAGUAGUGCAAGUCAAGAUGUAUCAGAUGCAGGUUAUGUGUUUCCGUUAGCUAGAAUAGCUUUACGUGAGAAAGCUUAUGCAACUAUAUUGAAUUAUUUCACAGUCAAACCACAAUAUCCUAUUAAACCAGAUGCAGAUUUAUCUGAUGAAUUAAAAUUAUUAAGUCGUCUAUGGAGUUUAAUGCAAGCUGAACGUAAAUAUUUAAACACAAGUAUGAUUGACACCGAGAUGGAUGCAUUGUUAGAAGCUAUUGGUCGUGGAGGUUAUCUAAUUGGUAAUGAUUUUGACUAUGGUACCAUCAUAGGUGGUGGUUAUCUCGCCGACCAAAUGACAGUGAAUACACCGGAAUCUGUUGGCGGCGUCAGCGGCGGCGUCGUCAGUGGCGGUAGCAGCACUGUGGUUGGUGCACCCUCGGGUACAUGGGCUGGUUCAUCUAGUUUUUCCACAAAUCCUAUCACAACAACAGCAGCGACAAUAACAGGAACAACAGGAACAACGUCAUAUCAUACAACCAGUUCAUCACCAAAUAUUCGACAUGUUAAUUCAAAUGUCUUAUUCACUGAAUCAUGGAUUAGUUCCAAUGUGACAACAAUGACAACAAUGUCUACGGCUACAAUUACAAGUGGGUUUGCAGGUGGUGGUGGAGGAGCUACUCUACCACGGCUACGUUCACAAGUGAUGCUUUUAUCAAAUCAACCAUUAGAACGUCCUGGUGUUGGUUCACUUAUUUUACCUUCAGCAUUGAAUUCCACCACUUCAUCAACAUUACAAAAUGCUGCUGUUCUAGCUGGGACAAAUAUUGCACAUUCCGUUGUAUCGAAACGAUCAUCAGCUGCUACUGGUGGUAAACAAAGUGCCAGAACUAGUGGAGAAAAUUAUUUAAGGCAAAUAUUUUUACAGAAACGUGAAUUAAUUUUAAUUCUGUUGGCUUCCGAAAUUGAACGUCUGUCAGUAUGGUUUAAUCCACAAGGUUUAUCUGAUCGUAUUGGAAUUAAAGAAGCAGAAGUUGAAACAUGGUUACGUGAAACAUUACGCAAAAAAUCAUGGCGUCGAUGGAUAUCUUUAGCAUGGGAUUUAUGUCCACCUGUAGCUGUGUAUAUGCCACAAAGAUUUACUAGUUCAGAUGAAUUACGUCGUGAAGUUUCCUUGUUUGUAACAGCUGACCCAUUGCUUGUUGCUCAUAUUCCAGCUGCUUUACAAUUUUUAGCCACAUCAAGUAAUAUUGAAGAUGGACGUUCUGAGUUAUCUCAUAUAUUGACAUGGUCACCAGUGGCACCAGUCGUUGCAUUAUCAUUCUUUUCACGUAUGUAUCCACAACAUCCUUUGACACAUCAAUAUGCUGUACGUGUAUUGGCUGAUUAUCCACCGGAAACAAUGUUAUUCUAUGUACCACAAUUUGUUCAAGGUAUACGUUAUGAUAAAUUAGGUUAUUUAUCUGAAUCUAUUCUGACAUUAGCUAAACGAUCACCAUUGCUAGCACAUCAAUUAUUAUGGAAUAUGAAAACGAAUAUUUAUCGUGAUGAAGAAGGAUUGAAAUUUGACAAUGAAAUUGGUCAUCAUUUAUUAACUUUAUCAAGUAUUAUACAAAAUAAUUUCAAUGGACCAACUUUAGCAUUUUAUCAAAGAGAAUUUGAAUUUUUCGAUCAAAUCACAUCAGUGUCAGCAAAAAUUCGACCAUUCCCUAAAGGUGAAGCACGCAAAAAAGCUUGCCUUGAAGCAUUACGUGAAGUGAAUGUAAAACCAGGCUGUUAUCUACCAUCUAAUCCAGAUUCAGUUGUUUUAGAAAUUGACUACAUGUCUGGUACACCAAUGCAAUCUGCUGCGAAAGCACCAUUUUUAGCACGAUUCAAGGUUCGUCGAGUCGGUGUACAAAAUUUAGAAACGGAAGCGAUCAAUGCCGCUAAGGAAGCACAAAAUCCUACUACUACCGCUGAUGAUGCUUUAUCACAACAAACUCAUCAACAUCGUGAUUCCAUCGACGGGAUUCAUCCAGUUGUCAAAAUGUUAUCACCAGCUGGUAUCAAAUACAAACGACGUAAUAGUCAUCAUGAUUUAAUGACAACUAGUCCACAGAAACAACAAUCGACGACCACGAUGCCGACAACGACGACAACGAUGAGUAUGACGAUGACAGCGACAUCAGCAGCUGCAUCAUCAUCAUCAACCAAUAAACCGAAUAAAAUUAUAUCACGUAUCAGUAGAAUUCGUCAAUUUCAUCCAAGUAAUGUGAAUACUACUACUAAUACUACUGCUAACACUACUGCCAACACAACCGAAGAGAAACAACCCGCUGUAACCAGUAAAUUAGGUCAUGUAUUUAUGCAAGCGUGUAUUUUUAAAGUUGGUGAUGAUGUACGUCAAGAUAUAUUGGCAUUACAAAUUUUACAAUUAUUUAAAAAUAUUUUUGAACGUUGCGGCUUAGAAUUAUUUGUUUAUCCAUAUCGUGUUGUUGCAACUGCACCAGGACGUGGUGUCAUUGAAUGUGUACCAGAUAGUAAGUCACGUGAUCAGAUUGGACGUCAAACUGAUGGUAAAUUAUAUGAAUAUUUUCUAAGUAUAUACGGUGAUGAAACUAGUCCGAAUUAUCAAACGGCACGUCGUAAUUUCACUUUGAGUUUAGCUGCAUACAGUGUAUUUCUUUAUUUGAUACAAAUUAAAGAUCGUCAUAAUGGAAAUAUAAUGAUUGAUAAAAUUGGUCAUAUUAUACAUAUAGAUUUCGGUUUCAUGCUAGAAAGUAGUCCUGGUGGUAAUUUAGGCUGGGAAAGUGAUAUGAAAUUAACUAAAGAAAUGUUUAUGAUUAUGGGUGGACGUAUGGAUAGUCCAACUUAUUUAUGGUUUGAACAUUUAUCUAUACAAGCUUAUCUAGCGCUGAGACCAUAUCAAGAAUCAAUUGUUGCAUUAAUUUCAUUAAUGUUAGACACUGGUUUACCAUGUUUUCGUGGACAAACAAUUAAAUUGUUAAGACAACGUUUUGCACCACAAUUAACUGAUCGUGAAGCUGCCGCUUCAUAUCUACGUAUUAUACGUACAUGUCUUGCACAUUGGCGUGAUAAAUCGUAUGAUGUCAUACAAUAUAUGCAAAAUCAAAUACCUUAUUGA